AUGGCGCCAUCAGACAACUUCGCACUUCUCAAAGGGUCCACCGUCAUGGUGACAGGUGUCAACGGUUUCAUCGGCUCCCACGUCGCGGACCAGUUCCUCCAAUUCGGCUUCAAAGUCCGCGGCACCGUCCGCGACACGGCGAAGAAUACAUGGCUCAGCAAUAUUUUUGAAAAGAAAUACGGAAAAGACAGCUUCGAGUUGGUCUCUGUUCCCAACAUGACGGUCGACGGUGCCUUUGACGAGGGCGUUAAGGGAGUUUCAGCCCUUAUCCACGUUGCGACUGUCGUCAACCUUAGCCCAGACCCUAACCAGGUUAUCCCAAGUGCUAUUGACGGCGCGGUUAACGCAAUCAAAUCUGCCUACAAGGAGCCUAGUGUUAAGCGCUUUGUGUUGACGUCGUCGACUGCAGCGUUGAUGCCAGUAAGUCCUGAGAAGCGGCUAGAUGGCUCGGUAAUCACCGACGACACCUGGAGUGAAGAUGCCGUUGAGCUGGCAUGGGCACCACCACCCUACGUUCCAGAGCGCAGCUUGCCCGUCUAUGCGGCCAGCAAAAUUGAACAGGAGAGGGCGAUCUGGAAGUUUUACGACGAAAAUAAGAACAAGCGCCCAGACAUGGUGGUUAAUAUAGUCCUCCCCAAUCUAAAUCUAGGAAAGAGCCUCGACCUCGUCCACCAGGGACACGCAUCAACCUCUUGCGUACCUGUUGCCUUGUGGACCGGAGAAAAAAUCCCGGACUGGAUCGACGAGCCCAAUAAUGCCCUUCUGCACCUUGCCGCGGCCGUUCUUCCCGAUGUGAAGAGCGAGCGUAUUUUUGGCAUGGCAGAGCCGUUGAACUGGGAUAAGAUUCUGGCCAUCCUGCGCAAGCAGAACCCUGGGCGCAGGUUCCACAAGAACUUCGCCGAUGGCGGGUACAUUCUCACGGUUAAGCCUAGGGACAGGGCCGAGCACUUACUGCGGGGGCUGGGACGUCCCGGAUGGACUUCGUUGGAGGAUAGUAUUUUGGGGAAUACCGAGGAUCUCCGAGACGCGGCUUAA